AUGGCGCCACCUCUAAGUUCCGACUCUCUUACCUCCCUUCAUGCUCUCCAAGACGCUGCGAGAAAGCAUUCACGUCAGGCGCCAGAGAUAUCGCUUCCAGAACGCCCUCGAAACUUUCAGAAUGAUUCUCCAUACUCCGACGCUGCGAUCGGCGUGGUGAGCGUUUAUACAACCCACCUUUAUAACGAACACGGUUCUUGGGCGACUGAGGUGAAUGGAAUGAGGCAAGAUAUUAAGGCGAUGGACAACAAAGUGGAAAGAUUCGAGCACGGGGCUAAAGAGGCUCUCACUGAUUUAUCCGGCCGUUUGGACGAUGUCGAAAAGGACCUGAAGGAGCUUAGAAAAGAGGUCAAGGACGUUCAGAGCCAGGUCAAGGACGUUCAGAGCCAGGUCAAGGACGUUCAGAGCCAGGUCAAGGACGUUCAGAGCCAGUUUACCUCGUUCCAACAAGAAGCCAACAGCCAGUUUGACCAUCUUCGAUGCCAAUUCGCAGAGCUGCAGUCCUCCGUCUCCAACACAACCGCCAUCCAACUCAACGCCUUACGCAAGUGGUUAGACGACCCCAUCGAACCCAUCUCCGCUCUCGUUUCCGCUCACGGCAAAUUGGCUUCGGUCAUUGCCCCAGACUUUCCGCAAACCGUGAGAGAAUUAUGGCAACUGAAUUCCAACAUCCCCGCUCUCGUUCGUCUGUCGAAACACUAUUCCGUGACCGGCUGGGAACGAUGGCAGCGAAGCGCCUCGGACGACACCGACCGGACCGAUUUCGCUGACUUAGACAUUGCGGUGGCCGCUUAUCCUCACCGAUGCCUAAUGGCCUUGUCCUCGAAAUGGGGUUUGCAGUAUGCCUUCCUGGAGCGACCAAGAAAACGACUGGCCGAGACGGAGGAUGAGCUGGAGAUCACCCACCUUAGACCUCCACAGCCGGUGCCGAGUGACUCCGUUAUUUCUCGUGUAUACGAAAAGUAUGCUGGCGCUCCAGGCCGGACGUCCUUUGAGUCUGCGCUGCUGGGCUGGGACGCAAACAUAGCCUCCGAACCAUCCCUGCGGAGUGGCAAGUCCCACCGCAGCUAA